AUGGUGCUUUAUCUCAGACCAACAAAGGGUUUGAUGGAAGUCUUCAAAGAAGAGUUGCUCCAAGGUUGUGAUCAUAGGCUGUGUGUGAGACACCUGUAUGCAAAUUUGAAGACAAAGUUUGGUGGUGGAGUUCUUUUAAGGAACCUGAUGAUGGCAGCCGCAAAAGCUACAUAUGAAGAAGAAUGGAGGGAGAAAAUGCAGCUCAUUAAGGAAAAGAAUCUGCUUGCCUUUGAAUGGUUGAUGGAGAAACCAACAUCUUCUUGGUGCAGGCAUGCAUUUAGCAUUUGGCCCAAGUGUGAUGUCAUCAUGAACAACCUCUCGGAGUCCUUCAAUGCUGCAAUUAUUUUGGCAAGAGACAAACCUAUUCUCACUAUGAUGGAGUGGAUUAGGACCUAUGUCAUGGGGAGGUUUCCAAAGAUGAUGGAGAAGCUUAACAACUGGACAGGUCAGAUUAUGCCAAAGCCACUUAAAAGAAUAGGAUUUGAGGUGGGAAAGAGCAAGAACUGGAUUCCUAGGCAAGUGGGAAAUGAGAAGUUUGAAGUUCGUCAUGCUCACACUUUGCAGAGGCAUGUUGUAAGCUUGAGGGACAGGAAAUGCAGCUGCAAAUUCUGGGAGAUCAAUGGCUUUCCUUGCAGGCAUGCAGUGUGUGGAAUUAACUUCAAGGGUUAUGAUCCAAAGAGCUAUGUUGAUGAUUGUUACAAAAGAGGUGCUUUCAGGGCUACUUAUGAACAUGAAAUCACUCCACUUCCUGGCCCUGACCAGUGGAUUGUGACACCAAAUGACCCUGAGUGCAUUCUGCCACCACUGUUUAAGAGAGGUGCAGGGAGGCCCAAAAAAUUGAGAAGGAGGGACCCAUAUGAUGACCCUAAUCCAAACAAGUUGAAGAGAGGAGGUGCUUUUGUGAGGUGUAGCAGGUGCAACCAGUAUGGACACAAUAAGAAAGGCUGCAAAAACCCAAUUGAAGAAGAGAUAGAGAUAGAUGCAGCAGAGCUUGAUGCCCAGAUGGAUGCAGUACUGGAGAAAUUGUUGGAGACUGAAUCACAACAGGCCACUGCAGCUCCAGCUCCAGGUGAUGAAACACACCAACCAACAACUGGUCAGAAUAAGAAAGAGAAAAAAGGUAAUAAGAGGUGCAGUGUGUGCAAGCAAUAUGGUCACUAUAAGACAAGUUGUAAGAAAUACCCAAAGAAAACCCCCAAUGAACCAAUUUCUCUACCUGGGAUUGUGAUAAGGGAACCAACUUCUGCUACUGUCCAAGUCCCUCACAAUAAUGGAAAACAGAAAGAAAAGGUACCUGAAAUUCCUAGAUCUUUUGAUGAUGGCUGCAUUAAAAGCAAAUAUAUAGCUGCACUAAUUCAUGACAAUGGAGGGGCGACUACUUCAUGUUCUAUGGUUGAAAAUCCUGAACCUGGCAGCUCAGAUCCAGCAGGUUCUGUAGCAGAUGCAGGACAUCAAAUGGAAAUAAUAGAAGAAGAAGGUGGAGGAAAUGUUCCAACACAGUGCAGUGUUGUGAUGGACAACACCCUUGGAGGUUCAACUUGACUGUGAUUUGGAUGAGGGACAACUUUAAUGGAGUGGGAAUCUUUUUUUGUCAAAAGCAGCAGAUGCACCACAUGGCCACUAGGGUCAAUUUUUUUGUAAUAUUUAGGGAGUGGGGAUUUGUGGACCACAAAACUAUAGCCACUUGCUUUUGUUAGUUAUUAAAACAGGCUUUUAUGUUGUUUAUGUUGUUUUGUUUGCUGUGACUAUAUGGUCCAAACAACAAGUUCAUGUUUAAGUCCUCCUUAUGUAUUGAUGUUGCACUUCAAAUUCAAGGUUAAAGUCCUUCUCUUGUUUCUGUUUAAAG